AGAAUUACUCUCUUAUGAUGGCAGAGAAGUCACAAGGAUCUGACAACCCUCAAGAAAGCCAGGAAAAGAAUAAGAGAAAGACCCUAAGGUGCACGAAGAAGGCAUGGGCUCCUCUGGAUGAGCAGCUGCCCCCUGGCUCUGAGGAAAGCCAGGGUCUCCCCUUCCCCACGCUGGAAGAUUCCAAACAAGAAAAUAUUCAGCAGUGGCUGGACUCUGGAUACUUUGUCUCUGUAAAUGAAAACUUUCAGCAAGUCAUUGACCACUCUGUUUCUUUGUCUGAACAAGGGAUGGUUCAAAUGACCGUGAAUGACUACAUGAGAUCUCUGCAUCAGUUUUCAGGAACUCCCACUCUAUCCAGAGGGACCAGUUUCAACUCUUGCCAUUCUACUGCGAGUAUACCACAAAGGUGUCUGUGUCGAUUUAAUCACGUGAUUGGCACUCCUGGUUCUCCAGUUAAUUCCAGCCGUUUCCGACAGCUAGAAAUCCUGGACCAUGUGACCAACACCUUCUCAUCUUUGUUGAAUGAUGUCAACAUUCUACAAAACAAAGCCGAUGAGAAAGCUGGAGGAGAGACUGUGCAGAGAACCUCAGUGAGUGGGUCUAAAGAGCAUCGGAGAAGAAUGGGUAAACUUUUAAGGAGAGCUUCAAGACAGAACAUUGGGAGAGACUGUAACCCAGAAGUGACCGAGUCCUUCAAGACGAAGCAUGAAUUUUUCAUCCCCCCUGCAAAACCAGGGGAGCGUGGAGCAGAGUCACCAGUGGCCCCAAUCAACCACAACCUCUCUCCUUUGGCAGAGCAUCAGUCUCUCCAAGCCUGUGAUGAUCCGAUACUUUGUCAUCCUCCCCAAGCCCUUCUGGGCAAGCAAAGGCCUUACCCGUCCAUGCUGGCCAAGCAAGAUCCUUCUUCCUGUGUGUCUGAGGGGUCCGGCAAGGACAGAAUUCAGACUAACAAGCUCAGGAACUUGUCUCGUCUUGCGGGUAAAGGACCAGACUCCUUUGAAAUGGAAGAACAUUACAUCUUAUUGUCCAACUCAGUAUAG